CACACAGUUUGAUAAAUCUGGGCCAUUAUUUAAAAAAAAACACUGCCGUAGCCUCCUAUUGCCGGCCUUUUCCAUGCUGGGAAGUUGUAGUUUUGAAACAGCUGGAGGCACGCAGCUGUCCUGUAGCUGCUGUUCCUGUCAAUCCUCAACAAGACCUGAAUCUUCCAGAAUGAGAGGAGCUCCUCCCAGCGGUGAGUCUAGUCCCAGUACAUAGCCAGCUCCCUGCGACACCAACUACAGACUCAGCUCUGCUACUACUGCGCUGCAUUGACGUAUCAAGAUGCCGGAAUUCAAUUGGAAGGUUUUGGAAAAUUUCCCACUGCUGAUGUACAUUUUAGCAGCGAAGACCCUGCUGUUGUGUUUGGCCUUUGCUGGUGCUAAGAUUUAUCAAAGGAGAAGAGUUGAAGCCAAACUAAAGCUCGAGCAAGAAGAGCAACUGAGGAAGAAGAAAGCGGAGAAGGAAGAGGCUGAGAAGAAAGAUGACUGAGAUUUCGUGUCUGUAAAGGACGAAGCUCGUUUAUGAUUUUUUAUUUAUGGAACAAAUGGAAGACAGAGCUAAUAAAUGAAUUUUUGGACUUUUAAAUUAUUACUUAAAGCGCCAUAUUUUGGAAUAUAAUACCAUUUUGUACUUGGUAAUAAUAAAUGUUUGUAAAACUUU